AGCAGGGUAGGGAAUACUUCCCAGAAUCUCACACUGAGAAUUUAGGGGCUCUGGGUUACUGGAUACUAUUUCAAUCCCUCUGGCAUGGACUAUUAAAUCACUGGAUACAGGAUGAAGGUUACUAACAUGUUGGCUAAAGCAUUAUAUGACAAUAAAGCAGAAUGCUCUGAUGAGCUGGCCUUCCGUAAAGGUGAUAUUCUUACUGUACUGGAACAGAAUGUCUUCGGCAGCGAGGGAUGGUGGCGCUGCUAUCUACAUGGGCGUCAAGGCCUUGCUCCAGCCAACCGACUGCAGCUGUUUACCAUAACCCAGAAUGACUCCCCACUUACGCAAUCCAACUACAAUUCUAUCGGGAGACAGCAGACAUUACAGAACAUCUACCAAGUGCCCUCAGCACCUAAAACAGAGGCUGUACCCAUGUAUGAGCUGAUGAACAGCCUGUACAUAAGCCCAUCAACACCACAGCCUACUUCAGCAGACAUCUACCAGACUCCCAUUUCAUCACCUGCGCAGGUGUUCUACGACAAAGCCUUGAGCUCUUCCUACCAGCAUAUGUUCACCCUCCCAAGAGCUUCACGUGCAUCAAGCGCUACCAGCAUAACUCAGCCGGAGUUGUAUGAUGUCCCACCUUCCAAACUGAAUUUAUCUGCUGUCUCCCAGAGAGGUACAACCCCGUCUCCAGUCAAUGGGCAUUCUACACCUAUCUCAUCAACUGAUCAGAUCCAGCAACAGCAGAUCUAUGAUAUUCCAUCCAGUCCAGACACCUCGGAAAGGAUCAACCUCAGAGGACCCAUAGCUGCAAAUGUUUAUGAUAUCCCCCCUACUGGUACAUUGGUUCAGAAGAACAGACGUGACUGUCCUCCUGUGGUUGCUAAUUUCAACACACUACCAAACCCUCGCAAGUCAGAUUGGAUCUAUGAUGUCCCUUUGUCACCUGACAGAAACAAUUUAAGUAUGAACUCUGGAAAGAUUUCUGAAGAUAGACAAUUGGUGUAUGAUGUGCCGACAACGUGGUAUGGGCCAGUACAAACCAAAGCAGAGAGUAGCUGUACAGCAAGUCAAAUAUAUGAUGUUCCGCCCCUGCAAAAUAAAUCCUCACUAACCAGUCAAAGUCUUUAUGAUGUUCCAGCAUCUCGUGAUAUAUCCUCCUUACAUCAAAAUGGAAAUUCACGAAAAGGUUCAUCAACAUUUUCAAAACAGAAGCUGGAACAAGCUUAUUCCAAGGAAAAUGUUUACGAUAUCCCUCGAGGGUCAGCUGCAGGAUCUCCACCAAAGUCUGAGAUUAAUAGUCCAGUGUGCAAUGAGCGGAUUUAUGAUGUUCCUCCACCACUCCCAAGGAAUCCCAAACCAUCUAACCAUAAGCUUGAACAAGAUCGGUUUUCUGUGUCCAGCUCGGAAAGUAGAACCAGCACCUUAUCCACUUCUUCAACGGCUUCUUGCGAGUCUUUAACUUUGUCAUCUCAAUUAGACAGCACAAACCAAGCGUUUCUAGAACCAGAAGUGGCCAUCAAGAAGAUUACUGAGCUCCAAGAACGGGUGUCUAGUUCCAUAGCAAGUCUCAUGAUCUUUGUGAGCAGCAAGUGGAGAUUACAGGAAAAUAUGGAGUCCAACAUUGAGGACAUUCACAGAGCUGUUGACAGCAUUAUCUCAUCAUUAAGAAAGUUCACAGACUUUGCCCAGAACAUCAAGGUUCAUGCCUCUCACUUAACAGACAUUAACAUUCAAUUUAGGAUUAACAACCAAUUGCAAACUCUUACAGAUUCAUUCCAGACUCUCUCAAAUAAUCAAGAAGCUAUUAAUUUCUGCAACUGGUCACUGCAGGCAUUAGUUAUUAAUAAGCCACACACAACACCAGACGACCUAGAUCAGUUUGUUAUGGUGGCCAGGACAAUUCCAGAUGACAUUAAGCGGUUUGUGUCUAUCAUCAUAGCAAAUGGAAAGCUUCUGUUCAAAAAUAAAAAGCAUGAACUGAAAUCAAAACCUGUGAAGGAAUGUAAUGUAACCCUGAAGCCACAAGUUCCAGCACACAAAGAGACAAAGGUCCUCCAAGAAUCAUGUGUCAAUAAAGCUGUAGAAAACAGAAAGGAUAGUAAACACCAAUUCCAGAGACAGAAAGCCAUAGAAGACAGUGGAUAUGUCUACCUGCAGAAAAAAGAAGAUUUUGAGAAAAUGCUGAAUUUGUCUCCAAUUCAGCAGCCUGACAAUAAAGCAAGUUCUGAAGAAAAGAGAAAAGGAUGGCUGAAGCUAGAUUCCCAUAUAUUAGCCAGAGAAGACCAUGAAAAGAAGAGAGACAUGUGUUUACCAAAGAGUCCAGGAGAUCCUCUAACCAACCAAGACACUCUACGAAAAGCAGAAUCACUCAAAGUUCCUCUUUCUGAGCACUGUUAUCUUUAUUUUGGUGCCCUGCAGAAAGCCAUCCAUGUCCUUAAUGACAGUCUCACCAAAAAUGAGACACCUGAGGUGUUCAUUACUCAUGGCAAACUGAUUAUAAUGGUUGGACAAAAACUGGUAGACAUCCUUUGCCAAGAAGUAAAAGGCAAUGAAGCCCGCAAUGACAUUCUGUACAAGAGUAGUGAGCUCUGUGGUCUACUCAAAAACCUGGCCAUGGCAACUAAGUCUGCUGCCAUUCAAUACCCAAACACAGCCACAAUGCAGGAGCUGCAGCGCAGGACACAGGAGCUGUCUAAUCAUCUGCAGUUAUUCAGAGCAAUGGUGGAAUAAUGACUCAUGUAACACUGACAUUUAAUUUAUCAACUUCUUCAAGACCAGUGAACCUGAUCAGCUGUUGAGGCACAAUAUGGAUUGCACACAAUCUAUAUACAACAUUGACCAGUGAGCAAACAAGGUCACAUAUGACUAAAUACUUACAAGUGAUGAAUGAUUUGUUAAAUGUAUAUGGACAAUACUUCCACACUGAGUGCUUGGUAUAGUCUGUACUUAUCUAGGAUAUAAGCCCUGUCUGCCUUGAUGAUGUCAAUGGAGGAAACAGCAUGGCAUCCAGGUGUAGUUGGAGCUAGAGAGGUCUCUAAAGGUUAACAAUUGCCCCAGCAAUGUUAAGCCUCAUAUAAACAUUUGUUAUAUAUAAGUGUUAACAAAAAGUUCAUAGCGAAUCGCAAAACCAAAACAUCUAAUUUUACAAUUUUUACCUCAGUCGAUUUAUCGGUGAUAUCACUAGUUCUAAUGAAUUAAUCCGCUAAAUUCUCAUGAAAAGGCAACAGUUAUCCAUAUACAUAAUAAUAUAAAACCCCUCUUGUUCUUUUACAGUGUGUGGUGCUGUGUUGCUCGACGAUAGGUGCUUCCGGUUUCUACUGUGUAUCUGUGUAGUUCCAGGUCUACUUCUGGCUAUUAAACAAACAUUUUAGUUUCGGGCUUUCCUAAUCAGUACAAUGUGCAUGUGUUGCCAUUUUCCAUAAAAAUGGAGUGUGUUGAUGUUACACAGGGCACCAGUCAUGUCAAGUUGGAGAUGUGCCACAACCUAGGGAAAUGGGCAGCUCUCUGAAGCUGGACUGACCCCUUCCCCUCCCUUAAAACCCCCCAAAACCUUCUAUGCUGUGCACACCUACUGCAGGUACGUGCAGCACUGAAGGGCACCCAUCUAUCCUGGAAUUAGGACUAAAAUCCUGAUCAGGAUGACAGUGAGACUCAAAUUCAACUGUCCCACCUAAACGGUAUAGUUGGAGGCAACAUGACCUGGGUCUUUUCAAUAGACUUUAGGCAGAAACCAAUGCUGGGUCUAUCCUUAUACUGUAAAUACUUAUUUUUUAAAUUGAAAUCUGUACAGACACUCAAUCUUCUUUG